UGCACUCAGGUUUAUCCUUCUGGCAGUCCAGCAGCCCACUGCAUCAGGAGCAGGCCACCCAAUAAAAGCCCCAUCAAGGUGCCUUUAGUGGUGGGAGACAGCCAGCAAGCCGGCUUUACUAAACAGUCUUUUUAAACGUCGGCUACGGCGACAGAUAAGUUGAAGAAAGAGCAAGGACACCGACUAAUAUCACACCACACCUGGCUUACAAAUUAGGUAAGCACUUCGGUAGAAGACAAACAGGAGUUUUCAACAUGGCGUCCAUGGGCCUCUCCUUGUCGACCGGCCGGUGGCGGCGGCGGCUGAAGAAAGAGCAGGAAACUUUUCAGUGACAACGGCGGCUAGACCAAGAAAACCAGCGAGGUCAAGAAGGCGAAGAAAAAUUUAAAUAAUUACUGCACUGCGGUAACUUCCCCCAAUCCCAGAAACACUAAACUGUGGACAAACAGUGUCGUCAAAACCUGUCACGGGUAACAACUUAACAUCUAGCUCACAUUAGCCAGCAGACGCCCGGGCUCCAGCAGCAGCAGCAGCAGCAGCCCGGCGGACAGAGAUCACCCCCCCACCCCCUUUCGACCAUGACUUCUCCUCAGCGGCACCUCGUCCACCGCCAGCCGCACUCCUCUUUCAUCGCACAGAAAGUGCAGUUAAUCUACAAACUGUUUUUGCUGGAAAACGCCAGGAAUACACUUGAACAAGAACUUAACGGCUUCACCAACAAGGCUUAUGAAGACGUCCAAGUUUUCAUUGAUUCAUCUUUUCCCACCACUGUGUUCAGUGAUCUUGCAAAGGCUUUGGAUGCGAAAUGUCGAGCUCUUGACCAGCUCACAGCUUUAAUAAAGGACCUCAUAGUUGAACCACAAGUUUGUGUCCAGCCUGCUGUCAAAAAUGGACUGAGAACAAACCAAUUUCAGCCACUCGGAGAAAAAUGGAUCCUGAUGACAGAUGUUCUCAAGUUUGGGCCCAUGUUGCGGAACAUGCUCAUGGCAAGCUCCAUAGCAAAAGCAGUCCAGGUGGUUGGAGCCACGCUGACCCGUCAGCAGUUGAAGCAUUUGCUCAUCUCCCAGCCUGCAGUGGUCCAGGAGGAUGACAUGAUGUGCAGCACCUCCUCCAGCUACAACAGCGCUGUUCAGACCACAAGCUCAUCCUGUCUUUUUAAGGCUGAAGAAAAAGAACAAGUUGUUAUUUUUGAGGAGAAAAGCCAACCAGAUGCUGUGAUUCUUCCACCUGCCACUAUCCAGAGCACCAAGAUUAAUGCUGAGACACCACCAUUAAUACAAACUCUACUCCCAGAAAUCAGUAAUCCUAAACCCAAGGAAAUAACACCUCUAAUUAGCUGGGGACGGGAGGAUGAUGUCCAGGUGCAACACCAAAAACAAACAUCCUCUCAGCUGCUGCACUUCCUCAGAGCCAACGCUAAAAAAAUGGGUGAACUGGAGGUCAGUGUCAUGGAGUGGAGUAAAAGAACGAACACUUCAGGUUCACCGCAGUCAACCUCAUCUACCACCAAAACACAAAGCUACCAGUUCAGACAUGUUGUGGAAGAUCGUCUGAUCGAAGCGCUAGACCCGAAAACGUUGUGUGCAGACGUCAAAAAUCAAGCACCAGUCUUCAGAGUCAAACAACUGGAAUCAAGUGGCUCUCUGACCUACACUUGUGUGAUUGCAACAAAGACUGAAUUGUGGGACAUCGGAGACGUCUUCACAGAGGUGCAACAAGCACACAAUGAUGGCAGCCCAGUGAAAAAUAAAGACUGCCAAAAUAUAACUGCUCAAGUGGAGAACUCUUGUGUAAACGUCCAGUGGAAAACCCAAACUCUCCAGUGUACAGAACCUGAAAGAGAGAACAAUUCUGCUGACGCAAAAAAGCCAGCGAUCAACAGUAUUACCAUUCCCGAGUACCAGAUCCGGAGGUUUGAAGAAACUGAAGUUGUGGUGUCUCACAUUGUCAGCCCAGGCAACUUCUACAUCCAGCACAUAGACUCCAUUACGAAGCUGCAGGCCCUUGUCACAGACAGUUUGAAAGCCAGUGGUUCAUAUGCCGAGCAGAACUGCAUUCCAGACAUUGGAACCCAAGUAAUGGGUUGGUUCCCAGACCGAGAACAAUGGUGCAGGGCUCAGGUGACGACGAUAUGUGGAGUAAGUGGAGAUAAACAUUCCCCCGAUGGUGCAGGGAGUGAGACAUCAAUCAAAGUGCAGGUCAAGAGGCUGGACCACGGUGGCACUGCCUGCCUGUCGCUGUUGAACAUCAAGGAGAUGUCCCCAGAAAUGGCUGCCCUUCCACUUCAGGCUGUGCAGGUCUCACUGGCAAAUGUGACGCCUGUGAAUGGGAGAGACUGGUCUGAGGAAGCAGUGGGCUGGUUCAAAGCGAUGGUGCACAACAGGACACUUUAUGCCAGACUUUACCCACAGGGGCCCAAAGUUACAGUCGAGCUGUUCUUGGAAAAGGGAAAGCUCGGAGCUAUGAGGAGGGGUGCAUCACUGUCUGUGAGACUGGCCCAAAAUGGACAUGCAAAACACAACAAACUUAAGAAUGUUGGUCUCAUGAAAAGAAGCACUGUUCAACUUAAAAUGAGAAGACAGGACUCUGACUGGGAGAAAUACCUCAUCUCGUGCUAUACCCAAAGAAAGAAGUAACUUUGAAAGCAGGGAAUGCUGGUUGUAGUUUUGUUGAGAUAACUUUCCCUUACAACCAGCUAGUGUUUUGGUUAAAUUAAAAUACAGAUGGCAGUCAACGGACAAAAUCUUAAACACGGAGACCAGUAAUGAUUCUUAAAUGAGAGUUUUUAAAUUUACCAUAACCUCGAUUGACCAUGUGUGUACAAGUCAAAAUACAGAGGACUUUUAGUAAAUUUUGACAAACUACUAUGACUGGCACUUUGUAGUACAUAGAUACAUCAAGGGUAUUUAAAUAAAAAAUAUUAUUUAAAUACAAAUGAAAAAGGCAUUGACUGGAUUAUUACAGAUUAAGUAGCAUGUAUCAGCUUUCUUGAGUAUUUUUAUGUCUUGUACCGCAGUUCAUACAGUAACAACUACAAAGCUAUGUCUAGUGAAUGUGAAUGUAAAGCUGAUGUGCUCUAACAUUAUUUGAACUCAAGAAAUUUCUGUUUUGGUCUUUUCUGUAUUUAAAAUCCUGCUUUAGACUCUAGAAAAUUGUGACUGUUGUCUUUUAAAGCAGUGAUAGGAAAGUGUGAAUAUUUUUUUAUAACCUUUUUUUUAUAUGUACGGGGGCAUGGAUACCAAGUUGUGGUGCAUGGUGUUUUAUUUUGACCUUUCCUUCCCCAUUUUAGACAUAGUUUUGUACCCUUUUCCCUGAACAUAAAACCAGGGUCCUCAGGUCCUGAUUUUAUUCCAGUCACUAGAUAGUGCCAGUUCAGUCAGAUUGCCUGACCUCUUGUUUUAUUUUUUUAUAGAUCUUUUAAUAUUAAUAAUCAUUAUUAGAGCCACCCUGCCUUUGGUUGAUAUUGAGUUCUUGUACAAUGGCAAAACUAUUAUUUUG